AUGUGUGUGUCAAUGUGUGUGAGAGAGAGGAGGGUGGUGCAUACUCUGCCAGUACCAGGCGGAGGCGGAGCUCAUCCCGGACGAUCUCCACCUUCAGCCGACGACCACGCCCUGGCCCUCGAGAUGGGGAAUUUUCCGGAGGCCGAGUCUUGCAUUCGUCAGGGACUUGCGGGAGGUGUUGGGGUGAGCAAAUUUUGCAGGGGGAAAGAGGGGCAAGCGAAUCUGGAGCUUUUGGAUUUCGAAGCUCUAAUUGAAGGGUUCGACUUGGCUACUCCGCUCGACUUGAAGAGGAUUUCCAUUGUUACUGACAACCUUUGCUUUAUCAAUUUAUCGAAACGAUGCCGUCGCGUAGAGGAGUUCUUCUCAAGGUCAUCAUCCUCGGCGAUAGUGGUCAAACAAGCAUCCGAAUGGAGAGAAUGGGAUAAGCUCGCGAUCAAAUCGCCGUUGCCACCGAUGGCCUCGAAGAAAGAGGAAGAAGAGGAGGAUCACUCCAAACCAACUGCUGAAGAUGAGGACACCGGGGCCCAGAUUGCCCCGAUCGUGAAGCUCCAUGAAGUCGUCGUUGCCCAUAAACAACUUUCUCGACCAAACGGUGUUGCCGCUAAGCUUGACUCAAAAUCUGAAUACAAUCGCCAUGCAAAGUAUUUAUUGGAGUUUGGUUAUCAAGAAAAGGAUCAGUGCUCGCCUAUGUCAACUGGACAGUCUAAUUUUGAAGCCGCCCCUUGUGUAAAAAACAGCUUUCAUGAGCAAAAUGUCUUGUUUAAACCAGUGAGUCGUCGCUCGUCGGCUCCGGGACAUUUUCCCUCGAAAUUAAGAUUAUCAACGUAUUCCGAUGUUCAUCAGGAUCUCGCUGAGGGACCACUCGCCGAGGAGAGUGAGCUGGGAGGUGCGGCGGCAAUGCUGGGGAGUCGCGGCGGCAGAAUCCAGUGUCGUGCGGCCAUGUUGGGGAUGCACGGCGGUCGGACUGUGCAGGUGGAGCGGCCGGCGGACGGGACUGAUCUUCCAAUGGUGGUUGGGGACGGGACUGAAAGGUCUAGGAUGUUUUUCGGAUGCAUCACGAGAUCCUCCAGAAACUUCCCUAUCUACCUAUCGGACUAA